AUGACAACCAACGCGACACAAUCGACCGUGAUCUUCAACGGCCCAGAGCAUUGGCACGCUUGGGCUGAUGCUCUCAAUGCCAAGGCCACACAGGUCAACCUCUGGCAGUAUUUUGAAGGCACGGAAUGGCCGGAGGAGCCCACGCUUCCAGAACCAAGAUACUUUGAUCAAAAUAGGACCACCACGACAAACUCCACGGUGGAAGACAACGACGACGAGGAUGUGGAGACCCAGCUCCUACAAACAGAAGUCGAUCGUAUGCCACCGCCGCCGACCCACGGAAUCCGCGAUCUGAACAACGCCAACUACCCAAGGCUCCGUGGAGCGGCUCUCCAGAAACGACGGGAAAAAGACCAGCGUGUACGACAGGAACUGGCAGCACGACGGCACAAUGCCGCGAGCCCGGCCAACGACAAGACCAUCUUCUCCGAGAGAGGCAAGGAACAAUACAACAUGGCUGUAACGCGAUACACACACGCGCAAAGACAAUACGAUAAGAUCCAGAAGGAGGCUUCAACUCUACUAGACUGGACGUAUAACCUGGUAGAGAGAUACAAGGAACUGGGAGACUCCGCUGCCCCCUUUGCGAGGAAGGUCACGGAGGAGCUCCGCGGCGCCUACGAACAACACAUGGUGGCAUUUAAGAAGGCCGACAAGAAGGUGAACGAGUGGAUCAAGAGAUGGAUGUAUUUGUUGGCGAAGGCGAAGAACCACGACCUCUACGAUAUCACUGAUCCAGAGAGAUAG